GGCAAUCGUUCGAAGUAGAAGUGUUUUUUCCAGGCUGAAAAAUUCCAACAGUCCCGAUCCGUGUGAAUCCGCGUAGCUACCCUCGCCUCGGUCGUUUUAUCGCCUUCGACCUUCCUUUUCCAAAUUUCCCAUUUCGAUUGUGUCAAUUCCCAAGGUUAAACCAGUUAUAUGAGCGAGUCAAAGUCAAAGUCCAAGUUUGGCGAUUUUAUGUCAGCGGUUCGGAAUCCGAUCCGGAUUGACCUGCCCUUCAAGAUGGCGGACCGUAGCGUUACGCAGCAGGAGGCCCAGCCUCCAACAGUGGCGCCCUCAUCUCAGCAGCAGCAGCAACAACAACAACAACAGCAGCAGCAGCUGCAACAACAGCAAUUGUACCAUCAUCAACAACAACAACAGCAACAGCAACAACAGGACAAUUCCGAUAAAGGGUCCAUCUCGGUGACUUCCGGUGGACCAACACGAAUCGAGGAAAGUCAGUGCGUGGAAAUUCCCCUGAACAGUCCGGUUGAGGAAAAUCUGCAAAACCAGCAAAAUCAGCAGCAAACGACCAGCAAGGAAAAACCGGAAACGGUUCCACAAUCGAAAGGUGCCCGCUUUCUUGCGGCGCUUCCAUCCAUUCCGUCCAUACUGAACCGUUUCCGGUGGAGCGUUCUCAAAACGCCCCGGAUGGCACUGAAAGUGGUUCAAUUGAUUGUCGGCAUCUUGAUCCUAGUGCUGUUACGUCCAGGAAUAACGUGCACCCGGAUUCACGGUGUCCCGGAAUACUCGCUCCAGUUUCUGACCUAUAACAUCACGCUGGUAACGUUCCUGAUCAUCGUGGACGCAGUGCUGAAGGCUCACCCAUUCCGAACGACUUUUACAACCCCACUUUUCCGGCGAUUCGAGCUCUGGUUCACCGGCCUCGUAGCCCUGUCCCUACACUUCCUGUCCUACUGGGUCCUGAUAGUGUCCAGCAACUGUCUGCAACCGCGAGGCAUCAACAUUACGGCCAGCCUGUUCGGCUACGGAGCGUCGGCCCUUUACGUGGCCGAUUGGUGGUGGCUCUUCUCGAAUCGGAACCGCGGAAAACCGGUGGAGCAACACCAUCAUCAGGGUGGCCCGGACCAGCGAGGUAUGGAGUGGGUUGUUGUGGGUGGGGGUGGCGGUGUUGUUUCCAGUUAAAAUACCCCGGCCAAAACCCGGGGCGUGAAAGUCUAGGGUGGUGCGAAAGGCAGGAAGUUAGUUUGGAAAGAUUGAUUGAUUUUUUGGAAUUUGGAAUUGACCCUGGGGGCUCAACGAAAACGCAUUCAGUACAUAUACAAUGUGGUGCGGAUUUACAUUUGCCGGAAAUGUUUAGCUUAGAAAUGGGUAUAUUAGAAUCUAGGUUACACACCCUAAGGUAGAGACGAAUACAACAGAUAGUAUCACCAUUAGAGGAAAUGUCAUCAAACUAGUUAGUAAACCUGAACAGGCUUCAAUCAAUAUUUUUUUCAGUGUCUGGCACAGCAAACGCUAAUUCGCUAAUCGCUCAUUAACUGAAGCUAAACUAAAGUUAAAUUUAGUUAAUUUUGUGUUCUGCUGAAUAAAAAACUCAAUUUUUACUGGAAAUAUAGAAAAAAAAUUGUAGAAUUUUCGACGACACAAACUAAGCAAUGUAUAGAUGUUGAAAAUCGAUUAGCAUAGUCAAUGGCUUAAUAUUUUCAAAAGCCUGAUAUGAAAAUCCAAUCUUAAAAGCGUAGUAAAAAGUUAUACUUUUUGAUAAAAUUUUCAAAAUUCUGUGAUCUGUGACACGGACUUGUGUGAAGAAAAUUUGCUCUAAGUUUUAUGGAAUCAGAGAUUUUUCUACAGUUUUCAGUGAUCUUUUCACUGCUUAUCAGGAUAGUGGUCAAAGAUCGGCCUCCGUGAUCAGGCUUCAGUAUUUGAGUCCAACACAGCAAGAAAAAAUCGUGUAAAUUUAGAUCGAAAACGAUGCACGAAAACGGAACAUCGAUUUUGAUAUAAAAUUCUACCACGGUGUAUUUUUCUCAACAAUGUAAUUUUUGAGGCGUGUAAAUUUAGAUCGAAAACAAUGCACGAAAACGGAUGACAUAAACCGUCGUGUAAAAAUACACAAUGAUGUAAAUUUCAAAACAUAUUACGGUUAAUAUUACAAAUCUUUUUUAAAUAAUCAGAUUUAGGGUGUUGUUUAUGAAUAAAUACGCCACAUGUGUCAUUUUAUUUAACAUAUAUUGCCGAUACACUGCAAACUCAAAAAACAUCCACCAUCAUUGGCAGCUGGAAUUGUGGUUGUGUCCGAUGAUCCCCAGCAGGGCGAUGUUUUGCCGAUCAGCGUCAGGCAGCAUUCUUGAAUCCUUCCGGAACAGCAUAGUAAUCGGAAUCCCCUAAACAUUAGAAACAUUCAACAUUGAUUCGGCUCUUGAACCAACUGCAAUUCCUGCAAUCGAAAGAGAAUUUUAAGUUCCAUUUUUUUCAUUUCGUCUAUAACUAUAACCUACCAUUUUUUAAUGAAAUUCUGAAAGAAUUUGGUUUGGUUUUAAUACAAAAUUAACUGCGGAAGCGAAUUUUUUUCUUUUCGUACAAUAAACCACCAUCUCGGAUAAAAACAGAACAAUUUAUGCCGCGAAAAAAAAGGAAAACAAUGGAUCUGUCGUGUUUUACAUUAUUUUCGAUGUAAUUUUAUAUUGAGAUAUAUUUUUUAGAUCAGGGCGUGUAAACAUACAUCAUAAAAAAUUAAGUUUAUACCAACGAUUCAAAAAUAGAUCAAAAAGAGUGUAAAAUUACAUCAGUUUUGAAUUACACUGGUCAAAAAGUAGAUCACUCGUAUUUUAGAUUGCGUAUACUUUUAGAAAUUUUUUGCUGUGAAGAACAGAAAACGAGCUCAGGACAGGAUCAGAAUCGGAUAUAAGGAUAAAAGAUCAAAAUGUACGGUCCGCUUUAAGAUCAGGAUCUGAAAUCACGAUUCGGAACAGAUUCUGGAAUCAGGAUCAGGAAUAACAAUCCAAGAUCAAGUUCAAAAUUAGUGUUGAAAACGCAGAUUACAGUGGUGAAAAAAAAAUUAAUCUGUAUUUUCAUUCUUCGUUUAAUUGUAACAAUGUUACUUGAAUAUUUAGCGAUAACUUAUUUAUCACUAUUCACACAUGAAUUCUCUAACCGAGAAAGUACUCAUUCCUCAAUGAGUAAAAUGAUACUUCUACCCAGAAUAUCUGGCAAAACUGUUGUGCUUCCACGAACCUAAUUUGAGUAGUCUCGCUUAACCGUGUGAUGAUGUAAACAUGUAUGCUGUCAUCAUCAUCACUAUUCUAACAGGUGACAGCUCUCUUUCAAGUUGUGAAAAAAAAUCUAGUAUACUUGAAGUUGAAGAUUGAUUGAUUGGAAUCAGACUUGUAAACCAUCGACAUUUUCUCUGACAGUCGCACAGCCUGCUUUUAUCAGUUUCAUUGUUCGUGCCAUCAAACGAAUGCGACCAAACACUUGCCGAACAGUAGACUACCAUCAAACGAAACGACAUUUAUUCUUCUUUGUGUGAUUGUCGAACGAAAUUUCGUGUCUUGGUACACGAGAACGAUAAUUUGAUGGUCAAACGACCAUAAUUCCCGACAGUUUACGACAUCACCUAUCUCUUUCACGCAGCAGAACUCAAGACUCAAUAAGCAAAUGCAAUCUUUUCUAUUCACUCCAAAAUUCGCCACUCUGCAGCGCCGGGUGAUGUUUGGAUGUGUUGGUCGAACAAUGUGGGAUGAUUAUUUACGCAAGAGGGAUGAAAGUCAAACGACUAACCAUAACAAAGAUCAAAAUUUCGUUUGACAUUUUUUUGCUCUCCGAUUAAACGAUUGCGCUCUCCAUGAUUGUCACGAACGAUGUGUUGUGGAUGUCUCCGAAAAAAAUCAAACGAUGGUGACCACUUACAAGCCUGAUUGGAAUUAAAGGAACAUUGUCUAUUGUUGAAAAUAAUUAGUGGACAGGUGUAAACGGUCCAUAAUCGGCUGUUAGCCGAAGCUGCCGUUUGAUUUCGGAACAGGAACAGCAUACGGCCUUCAUUUUAACUUAGUGAAGAUCAACAUAGGUUCAUGAAAAGAAGAUCGACGACCACCAACCUCAUGACGUACGUAUCGAAAUUAGUUGACAGGCUUGAUAAACGUAAACAAGUUGACGCCGUGUACGUAGAUCUGAGUAAGGAUUUCGACAAGGUAUCUCAUGAUUUGGCUGUUGAAAAAUUGCAGCGAUUGGGGUUUCCUGAUUGGCUCUGCAAUAGGAUAACCUCGUAUCUCGUAGGUCGAACUGCUUUCGUACGACUGGGCUCUGUUUAUUCAACACCUUUUAAAAUUACCUCGGGAGUGCCUCAUGGAAGUCACCUGAGACCUCUGAUAUUCCUCCUCUUCAUCAACGGUUGAAUGCUACUCUUGAGUCAGAAAAACUGUUGUACGCCGACGACCUCAAAAUUUUCCGAACAAUUUCUUCGUUUGUCGAUUACUGCGUUCUCCAAAAGGUGUCAUCAAAACGGCACGACUCCGAAUAUUACCAAAUGUACUACCACCACGUUCACUCGACAACGAGGUCCCAUCACUUUCGAGUACAAAAUGUUAACGACUAGCAUCGGUCGUCAAAGACCUUGGAAUCACUUUAGACAACAAGCUCAACUUCUCCCAGCAUAGUUCCACGACAGUAGCCAAGAGUUUUGCAGUUCUUGGCUUCAUACGACGGAACACGCAUUUUUAGUGACUUCUGUAGUCUGAAAUCACUGUAUUGUGCUCUUGUGCGUAGUAUUCUCGAAUUGGGAGUGCAAAUUAGGGCACCAUAUCAAGUGGUGCAAUCGAAUAAAAUAUACGAUGCUUCGUAAGAUACGCUCUAUUCCAGCUACCUUGGAACGACGCCCUUGAAAUCCGACUUACGUACAACGUUGCUUGCUACUAAAUUGUAACAAUUGCUCGGUUAGUGAUGUCAGUGUUUGUUGGAAUUUUUGUUCGCAUAAACUUUAAAUGUGCCAAGAAGAUUCUUUGCUUGUGGAGAAGCUGGCCUACGUCGAAGUUCGCCCCGAACCCCUAGGCAACAACCUGACAGCAGGGCUCAACCUCAGGCUUCGUAACCUCGCUACCAGAUGGCGCUAGUGUAACGUGGGGAAAAGGCGAAGCGAAUUGAGGAUCGAAAUGGGGUGAAAGAACGGUGACGUCUAAGAACUUUCUACGCGGCUACGGGGUCAAAGACCUACCGAAAAUCGGCCAUUUUCACUACCAUCGACUAGAACAGCACAUCGUAGACAGCGUGCUGAAAACAGUGUCUAGCAGUGAAGAAUAAAAUUCUGGAAUACACCGAUUAUCAGGAUAUCCAGGUAAACACGAACCCCUACCCCGUAACCGUGACCACCGUUCUUCAACGCCAACCUAAAACCCCAUUUAGAUUUCUCCAGGACCACGAGGUUUUACCUUAAAUCGGAGGUGUACUCCCCGCUCCGAGGCUUGGCCUAGACUCCGCCAUUACGACUGAGCCCAGGUCCGUGCGCUGCAGUCACACUCACCGGCUCUCCGGCCAAAGCUCCACGUUGACAAUGUUUUGGUUUCGCCAACGCAGUAGCAGAUUUCUACUGCUGAUCAGGAAGUCCGUUUGCCUCUGGAGGAUCCUGUAAUAUAUGGGUUUAUCAAAGUGUAUUAAUUACACCGUGAAUAUCAAUAUCAGCAUUGAACUACUCCUCACACGGUAUUACUCAUCCGCGAUUUAGCGUGUUGGCUUUCAGUCAGCACUCGUGUUAGUCUUCGCGCGAACGAUCGCAUCGCCUACGGGUCUCGGGUAAACGUCUGUAGUGGCAGGAAAUGAACGUUCCAGCAAGUUUCCUGUGAACCUAUCAAGCAGCCAGGGAUUUCCUGUUGAGUGCGAAUCAGGUAUUUUACAUUGGCGACCGUGACAGGACCCUAUAUUUAUGAAAGCAUAAAAAAAAAGAAUGUUUGUGGAGUAAGGAAAUCCCUGGUUGCCGUGCAAAAGAAAACAAAAUGGAGGAAGCAAUUCACCACUGAUUGUUGUGACCGACACGGUGAGAUUCAUGCAACCACACAACGGUGAUGAUCGCCAGCUAUAUCGAAAGGCGGAGACGCCAGACCGCCCCCAAGCCCCAGGUGAGUACGCCAGCAAACCCGGCAGAAUAUGCCAUUCCCCCCCCCCCCCCCCCCCCAGGCGAGUACACCAGCACAACCGAUAGAUUAUGUCAGCACCCCCAGGCAAGUAUGCCAGCUCCCCCAGGCGAGUACGCCAGUUUCCCCAGGCGAGUACGCCAGUUGCCCCAGGCGAGUAAGCCAGUUUUACCCAGGCGAGUACGCCAGUUUCCCCAGGCGAGUACGCCAGUUUUCCCAGGCGAGUACGCCAGUUGCCCCAGGCGAGUAAGCCAGUUUUACCCAGGCGAGUACGCCAGUUUCCCCAGGCGAGUACGCCAGUUUCCCCAGGCGAGUACGCCAGUUGCCCCAGGCGAGUAAGCCAGUUUCCCCAGGCGAGUACGCCAGUUUCCCCAGGCGAGUACGCCAGUUGCCCCAGGCGAGGAAGCCAGUUUUACCCAGGCGAGUACGCCAGUUUCCCCAGGCG